AUUGAAGAGCCCCGAGGGANAGGGACAGUAGGAACAAAGUGGUUCGUCUAAGUGAGGGGCGAAACGAACCACUCUAUAGACAUAUUACCAUCUAGUUAGAGAUUCCUUUAGAAUCGCAACUGGUCUAGUUCUUCUUCUCAUCAUGAACGCUCAUAUUCUAAUUGUUAUGAAUGGCACAUACUGGGCAUUGUCCUUAUUCUCUACCGAACCCAGCCAGGACAAGAUGACCGGCUUUUUUCUUUCAGGAUUCGUCGAAAUACCAGCAGGACUAAUCGCUAUUGCAAUUUAGUAAGGUUUAGUGGGUUACAUGGCACGUAG